UAUUUGGAAUAAGUAGUUAAGAGAAAAAAGUUUUAAAAAAAUGAAAUUCAUUAUUUUCACACUGUUAUUUGCUGGAUCCAGCUUUACUGACGGCAGUAGAAGUGAUGGUCUUACCAAUACUUUGAAAGGUGUAUUGAACGAUCUUCCAAGUCUUACCUACACUGCCAAAAGCAUACGAAGAGUAUCAGAUUACAUGGAUAAAUUAGCUAAAAAAUUUGAAAAUUCGGAAGAUGCAAGUUCACUUUUGUCUAUCAUCCUUAGAAAUAGUGAAAUCAUAAGUGGUGGCUUUCAAUCUUUGGCUAAAGCAGCCGAUGAUUUGAAUGCAGCUAUUGUCGCUCAAACCGAUGAAAAUAGAGCUUUGAAUCUUUUUAAUCUUAAUGAUAUAAAUACUGGUGUACGUGAAAUCGGUGAUGCUGAACAUACGAUAUCUGAUGGUAUUGAAGGCGCAUUCCAGUCUGAGGAAUCGGGUAUGGUAUGAUUGAUAUCAGCCAAAUAGUUAGCGAAAUAAGCAAUAUCGCUGUUUCCAAGGAUAAAUUAGCUGAUUCUGUGAAAAAAUUGGAUGGUGUCUCAGGGGCUGUUUUUGGUUUGGCUAUUGAUGUUAGCGGAGUAAGUCAUGGUUUAGAUAGACUGGCUGAAAGUUCAAAUCAUUUAACUAGUGCCAUUGGUAACUCAAACAUUGCUGAACAACUCAUUGAAUUUAAAACCGCUUUGAGUACAUUAUCUAGUGUCGAAGCUAAACUUGUUGCAAAUGUUCGUGAAUUAUCCAGCCUAGCCAAGACUCUUGACUUAAACCUAGGCUCAGUUUUGGGCCAAGACGUUGGUGGUGUACUGUCCUCACUGUAAAUGUCAUGAAACAAAAUAAUUAAACUUUAAAACCGUAUAGAAUCAAAGGACGAUAUGAUUAUUGAACAUUUAUUUCAAAAAAUAUGUGGUAUAAAAAUAUAAAUUUUGAUCCCAAAACAA